AUGGAUACUGCAAUAUUUAGUUCGCUCCUUUCAUGUGCAAUUCUCCUAUCCUGGUCAAAGUAAGUGAAUAAUUUACGUACUCUCAUUUAUUUAUCAAUGGUUUUGUCUUUUGAGGUUUGACGCUGUGGUCAGAAAGGACGCCGUGCACUUAUCUUAUUUAAAAAUAAUAAUUCGUCUUGUUUUAUGCUAAUUAAUUGCGCCACCUUUUUUCAGUGUUCAAGGCCAUUUAUUGAAUGAAAAUAAAGUAUCUGUAGCACAGGGAGAGAAAUGCGAUGUGAGAAAAGAAGUCAGCGAAAUAAAAGAGCUAUUGGUCAAUGCUACAAAGGAUUUACAUGAGAUGAGAAAUGAAUUCGGAAAGGAGAUUAAAGCAAUCUGGAAGUACCUAAAAGAAGAAAAAUCUUCAAAGAACGUUUCAGCUAGCCAACCUAAAAAUAAGCGUAAGUCAUAUUCUGUUGAAAUUGUUAAUCCUCGAGGCGCGAGAUUGUUCUUGAGUUUUAUGACUUUUAUCUGCAAAGUCAAAGAUAACUAAGUUUUUUAUUAUAAUCCUAAACAGUACUAGCUAGCUAUCCGGGUCAGUACGUAUAUUUUGUUAACUAGCUUUUAGUUUUAAUCUAUUUUUCGGUGUGUUUUGACGUAUUUAAUACGUACGUUCACGGUUCAGUAUUGUAUUUUAUAAUGUUCACAAUUUUCAACAACACUUCAACUAUGCAGUGUCAGUGUCGCGGACUGAAAUGAUAUUUUAUACUGCAUCUUCAAGGUACUCCUGAACUCUGACCGAAACUUACGUAAGUCCUGUCAUUCAACUCAAUUCACAUGUAGUUUUUUAUCUGCUGAAUCCAAUAAAACUAUAGUGUUGUUGUUUUUAAAAUACGAAAAAUCAAACUCUAGUUGAAUGUUUUGAAAAGUUUUCACACCUAUUUUCACAACAAAACUAAAUUUACAGUCAAAAUACAAGAACCUUUCCGCUUCUGUAACUUGUUUUGUAUUUCUGUAAUUCACUAAUUUGUUCUAUUUUUCUGUAACGAUUACCGCUUUAUCGGCAAAUAUCGCGGUAGAAUUUCCCUUUCCUCUUUUAGGGUCGGCCAUGGGGGUUUGGGUAUACAGGAUCCAAUGGGUAUUAAAUUCGAGUAUACUGUAUAUAUUUUUUUUUUUUUUUUUUUUUUUUUUUAAUUGAGAACAAUGUCUCCUGAUGAUCGCAGCGAUGCGUGAAACUCGGAGUAGAGACAAAAAACAUUUUAAGUAAGAAUAGUAACUACAUUCGCUCUACAUAAUUUUAUGUAUUGAGCACUCUCUUCACUAUACGUUACAAAACUUGUGUUAAAACCGUGAUUGUAUGCUGACGUAAUUUGAUCACCUAUAACGAGUUUUCGUGCGGUCAAGACAGUCAAUUAGAAUCAAUUAAUCCAAUCAUACACGAACAAAUUGUCACUACAAUGAAUUAUAAUACCAAUCGAAUCUUGUUCAAUUCAAUGGCUAAAUGGUUUUUGAUUCUGGCAGUAAGUUUUUGGUUAUUAAAAAGAUCUAAAACUGCACUACCUCACCGCAACAACACUUCAAUGCCUGGGAAUAUCGUCAUUUCAUCGAAACUAACAUCAAUACCGGACAGAUUGAGCUACAUUUGGACAUCUACACGUGAUGUCGUAUUAAGAAAAUGUGCAAUGUCUUCUAAAUAUCGUUAUGGCUUGGAGUUUAAAAUAAAGAAGAAUAAUCUACACUUAUUCCUGCUAAUAUUAUUAUCUGGAGACGUUGCCACAAAUCCAGGACCUGGAACUUCGACUGAACACACUAGUAAUGAACUCAAUGCCAUUUAUCUGAACGCGCGAAGUCUUAAAGCUUUUGUGCCAUUUAAUGAUGAUUCUUCUGCUAAAGUCUGCAAGAUCACUUUGUUACAGGAACUAGUUCAUAGUGGGUCCUAUGACAUCAUCUGCAUUUGCGAAACUUGGCUCAAUGACUCAAUUAUAAGCAGCGAGCUGCUGCCUGGAUAUAGUGUCUUUCGCCGAGAUAGAGUUGAAAAGGUUGGGGGCGGAGUGCUUGUUGCCGUGAAAGCCAAUCUGCAUGCGACUAGACGGCCAGAUCUCGAAAGAAAUGAAAUCGAACUAGUUGUAGUGGAACUUAAUAACACGAACAGUAAACCUGUAAUCCUGUAUACGUUUUAUCGUCCUCCUGUUUCAGGCCCCGAAGUUUUCCAUCACCUUAGUUCAUCACUUCAGAAUACAAGCGAAUCUAGCUGUAUUGUUUUGGUAGGAGACUUCAAUCUUCCCGCACUUGACUGGACUACAUUCGAUGAACAAAUCCCUACUACGGCCGGAGGUCAACUGGAAAACAGUUUCUGCGAUCUGUUUGAUGAUAAUUUCCUACAGCAAUUCAUUCUUGGUCCUACCCACAACUGUGGCAAUAAACUUGACCUUCUUCUAAGUAACUGUCCUGAAAUUAUUACCAAUGUCGAAACAUCUACUCCCGAACAGUGCAAAUUUCCAACCGAUCAUUAUAUCGUCGAAUUUCAGAUCAAACUUAAAUUUAAGCGAGCUAGGAAUGUCAAACGUCAAAUUUACAACUACAAAAUGGCAAACUUUGAAGGUUUGCGUAGCUGCUUGUCCAAUGUACCGUUUGAGAACGCUUUCUUGGAUGAUAUUGUCCAAUACUGGUCGAAUUGGAAAGACUUAUUCUUGACGGCUGUGAAUAAAUUCGUCCCUAUUAAAACCAUUAAAGACAUAAAUUCCCCCCAAUGGAUUGACAGCGAAGUUCGUCAUCUUGUCCGUAAGAAAUACGCUGCACUCAAGAAAUUCCGCCAGAAUAGAUCCGUCAUCCGUAAGCAAAAGUUGCGUUGUAUAAGUCAAAACAUCAAGAGUUUGAUCAGAAAAAAACAUCGCGAAUAUCUAGAAAGAGUCGAAAGUUCGUUCAACAAAAACCCGAAGUUUUUCUGGAGCUACCAUAAAGCUAUUCUACACCAUAAGGAACAACACAACGCGGUUGUUACUUACAAAGAUAUUACAGCCAAAACUCCAGCAGAGAAAGCUGAACUUUUUAAUUCAUACUUCUCAUCUGUGUUUGUACCAUCAAAAUCCACCACUGACACUGACAAUAACAUAGACUCUUUUGAUCCCGAUACCCAAAUAUCUGAUAUAACCUUAACAACGGAAGAAGUUGCUGCGUGUCUGUAUAAUCUGGACAUCUCUAAGGCAAGCGGCCCAGAUGGCAUUCCAGCAAGAAUUCUAAAGGAAUGUAGUCACCAAAUCGCACCUAGCAUUUGUGACCUGUUCAAUCAUUCGCUACGCACUGGGCGCCUUCCCUCCGAAUGGAAAUCAGCUGAUGUUACACCUAUUCACAAGAAAGACCUUAAAGAACCCGUUGAAAAUUACAGACCGAUUUCCCUCCUGCCUAUCAUCAGCAAAGUUUUGGAACGUUGUGUUUCCAGGAGAUUCUAUGAUCACGUCAUUCACCUCAUCACACCAUCACAACAUGGUUUUCUUAGAAAUCGUUCGUGCAUCACUCAGCUUGUCCAAGUUCUUCACUCUGUUGGUCAGUGUCUUGACAAAAACCUUCAGUCUGAUAUAAUUUACCUUGAUUUUGCCAAAGCUUUUGAUUCUGUAGAUCAUCAAAUACUUCUAAGAAAACUCAAGUCAUAUGGCGUUACAGGGCGUCUUCUCGACUGGUUUCGUGAUUAUUUAAGCGGACGUACCCAAAGAGUUGUUGUCGAAGGUGUCCCAUCAAGCUGGGUUCCUGUUAUCUCUGGCGUGCCACAAGGAAGUAUCCUGGGUCCGAUACUUUUUGCUGUCUUCAUAAACGAUCUUCCGGAAGUAAUAUCCAAUGGCUCUUCGGAAGCUAUGUAUGCUGAUGAUACAAAAUUGUUUAGAAACAUCAACUCUACAACUGACUGUGAUUGUCUACAAGAAUCUUUAUCCAACCUUGACACGUGGAGCCAUGAUAAUAACAUCAAGUUCAACGCAUUAAAAUGUAAGGUUUUGAGCGUGACUCGAAAGAAAUAUCCCGUGACUUACAACUAUCAUCUGGGUUCAUCUUCGUUGCUUCGUGUCCGGAAAGAAAAAGAUCUCGGCAUCAUCGUGACAGACAAUCUCUUGUGGAACUCGCAUAUUCAAAUGAUAACAGCUAAAGCUAACAACAUGCUUGGUCUCCUAAAGAGAACUUGUCCUUUAUUGACGGAAACCAAAAUCCGGCGUUCAUUAUACCUAUCGCUUGUAAAGUCGAAGUUAUGCUAUGGUACUGAAAUUUGGUCUCCAUCCAAUGUCUCCCUCAAAGUCAAGAUCGAAAGAAUACAACGACGCGCGACAAGAUGGAUCCUAAGAUCAAGAAUAGGUGAGAUAUCAUACCAGGAGGGACUUCAGACUUUGGACAUGCUGCCGCUGUGUUAUGACAGAGAAAUCCAAGACUUGGUCUUCUUCUAUAAGGCACUAUACGGUUACGUAGACUUAGACAUAGGCAAUUAUGUUAGUUUUGUUAGUCAUGAUCGUUCUCGACUAACCUUAAAUCCUAGUCUAUUACUUCAAGUGCCGUUAUGUAGAACAACUACGUUUAAAAACUCUUACUUUAAUCGAACAGUUCAUUUAUGGAAAGUAGUGUGUAGAACUGCAUCACCUAAUAGCUUCGUGACAUUAUUUACUUUUAAGAACUUUCUUCGUCGGACUUAUUCGUUUUUACGUAAUUCAGUUUUUGACGUAGACAUGCCAUGUACCUGGUCUCUUGUUCGAGACUGUCCAUGUCACAGAAACUAAAAUAAUGUAUAGUUCUUUGAUUGAAGUAAAGUUCGUUUCGUGUACAUGCCUAAGUCACAUGUUUUCAAAACCAAGUUAGUUUUAUUUUCCGUACAAAUUUUCCAAAAUCUUCAUGCAUUUUACGUAUUUCGAGAUCCUGUGGGUAUGCGCAAAUCGAGCUUUACCUCAACUAUAAUUUAUAGUGUAAUGUAAUUUUUUGUGUAAAGUUUGUAAGGGAGGUGCCUCGCAUGGGCUUUUUCUGACCCGUUUGCACCUUUCCUUUUGGGAAACACCUAUUUAUCGUUAUUGUUAGUAUUCCCAAUAAAGUUAUAAAGAACUAUAAAUAUUUACUUAAAUGAGUUUUAUGACUAAUUUAAUUUUGGGUAUUACUAUUAGGUAUAUUUGAUCCAUAUUUCAGUAUCAAGUAUUUUAUAGGAUACCACGACCACCCCUGGCUGAUCCCUUUCUUUAUAUACGUCAAUUUGUAGCAAAGGAUACACCUUUCGUUAGAUUCUUUGCAUAAAAGUUGCGAAAUUUUGAUUUUAGUAGCUACGUCAAAUGAGUGAAAUGAUUGUAGUCGGUAAUUUUAAAUUUGUAUAGUAUGAACACAGUCAUUGAGCGGCAGUUUAAAACCCGCGAUCCGAGUUAUCAGCAAAUAUCGCUAUAUAAAAUCUAAGUUUCGCAACUUUUAUGCAAAGAAUCUAACGAAAGGUGUAUCCAUUGCUACAAAUUGACGUAUAAAAAGGAAGAAAAGCGAAAUUCUACCGGACCCUACAGCGAUAUUUGCCGAUAAAGCGGUAAUCGCUACAGGAAAAUAGAACAAAUUACAGAAAUACAAAACAAGUUACAGUCAGAAGCGGAAAGGUUCUUGUAUUUUGACUGUAAGAAAUGUUGAAUCAAUUCAGUGCGUUAUUGUGUUCUCUAUUUUUCGUAUUUUGAACAUAUAUUUUUUUAUUUUCAUCUCAAAUAUAAAGUAAAAAAUAUCAGUGUAAAGUAACGGCAAAAACUCAAAGUGAAAAUUACCAAAAAAGCCAACUAUAUAAACCACACGUGUUUCGUGUUGUUCACGCAUUAUAAAGUUACACUCAUGUGCAAAUAUAUAUUGAUCAUGUAGUCGAAUCGAUAUUUUGUCACGUUCAUUUGAAGCUGCUUCAACUGGAUUUUAUGGCUAUUUUUCUUCUAUAAGGUAAUGCCGAUCGAGCGGAUCGACUGAUUGG